CGUGCCUCGUUAUCUGCAAACCUGAUUGACCCCGAUCAUGUGAUUGACGUUGUUUUCUUUGGUGCCUGUUAUAAGAAUAUUAGGCUAAUCUGAAGAUUGUGUACCUGGUGUAUAGUAUCUAUGGAGCUUUCUACAUCCGUGAAAGGUUAGGUAUUUUUCAAGUUAAAAGUUAAUUAUGAUGAUUGAGGAGGGGCAACAAGCUGAAGAGCAAUCCCAUCUGAUACCUCGGCACCAUGGGAAUGACAAUCAAUAUGCUGUCACUUAUGAAGAAGCAAUUAGCAAAACAGGGUAUGGGAAGUUUCACUAUUUGGUGCUGGCACUGUGUGGAUGGGCUGUGUCCAGUGAUGCCAUUGAAGUACUGUCCAUCUCGUUUGUGUUGCCAGCUGCACAGUGUGAUCUUCACCUGACCUCUAAUGAUAAAGGCUGGCUCAACUCCAUCAUGUUUGUUGGUAUGAUGUUAGGUGGUUAUGGUUGGGGGUCACUUGCUGACCACUUCGGCCGUAGACAAGUCUUACUUGGUUCACUGACCGUCAAUGGACUUGGAGCACUCUCAUCAAGUUUCUGUCAGUCCUUCUGGAUUUUCCUGUUGAUGAGGCUGGUCAGUGGAAUAGGUGUUGGAGGUAGCAUUCCUGUCAUUUUCUCCUAUUUUACUGAAUUCCAGCCCAAAGAGAAGCGAGGAACUAUGAUAAGUGUCCUAGCCACAUUUUGGAUGUUUGGUAACAUCAUUGCAGCAGGGCUGGCCUGGAUCAUUGUGCCAUUAGAUAUUGGCUACUCUUCACCAAACUUCACCUAUAACAGCUGGAGGAUCUUUAUUGCAAUCUGUACUUUUCCAAGUUUAUCAUCAGCAGCACUUUUCUUCUUGAUGCCGGAGAGUCCCAAAUUUCUGCUUAGUGUUGGUAAAGAAGAGCAGGCUGCUGCAGUGCUGAAGAAAAUUUAUGACAUCAACAAUCCCAAUGCAUUAAUGCCCUAUGACGUGGAAUCCAUUGUGUUGUCAUCAGACAGUAAGACAGAUUCACAUUACCGCUCAAAUGCCACCAAGAACAUCAAAGGAACAUGUGGUUCAAAGUCUGUUACAAAGCUUCUUGAUUCCACAAUAGAACUGUUUCGAGCUCCUCUGCGACGAUCUACCAUAAUUCUGCUCAUUGUCACAUUUACCAUCAGUUUUGGGUAUUAUGGACUGUGGAUGUGGUUUCCCGAGUUGUUUUCCCGUGUAGAGAAAUAUGGUGGAUCUCCAUGUGACUCAGUGAAGGGUUCUAAUGUUACAGAAAGCGGCGACCAAAACUGUACGAUUCCAGACACCUGGACGUACCAGUCUGGCUUCCUCACGGCACUGUCCAACCUACCGGGAAACCUAUUCACAAUAUUUCUUAUGGAUAAAAUUGGGAGAAAAGGAAUAUUAGUGAUUGGUAUGCUGGGGUCUGGAGUGACGGUGUUCUUCAUCCCCUUAAUUCACAACAAAGUGCAGAAUCUGCUGCUAUCCUGUACAUUUGGUCUCAUCUCCACACUUGCCUGGAAUGCGCUUGAUGUACUCCAGGCCGAGCUCUUUCCUACUGGUGUCAGGUCAACAGCUAUGGGAGUGUCUUCUGCAGCGAACAGAAUAGGAGCAAUCCUUGGGAACCUUGCCUUUGGGGAAUUAGUAGACAUUCACUGUUCAGUGCCCAUGAUAAUGGUAGCCGUACUUCUUGUUUUGGGGGGACUUACCUCCCUUAAACUUCCUAACACGACCAAAACGGACAUUCAUUGACCGCUGUUUUAUAGCCUAGGCUACAAAGUGUCUUCUAUGUUUAUGUGAGGCUGUGUCAUGGUGUGACAUCAGUCUGUCAAUUUAUAAUCUAGAACAAUGUUAACCCAGAAUGGCAUAAUAGAUUUUGACAAAAUUUGGUGUUCAGCAUCCCUGGGAUGAGGGAUUCAAUGUGAUAUACACGAUUUCUGUAACCCUGCUGGGGAAAUAGAGGUAAAUGGGAUGAUACUUCUUUAGUAUCUGUUUAGUUAUAUUAGCGAAGAGUUUUUAGUCUUAUUUGGUAUAAAGGAUGCCUUGGCCAAGGGAACUCGUUUUUUUUUUAUAAACAAAGGUUGUGCCCCCUUCACUCCUCAGGGCAGAGGGCUGGGGCCCAAUAGAGAAAAUGGGUUAAAUCUUUAAGUAAAUGUUCCUAGACUACAGAUACAGGACUUUUAAUCUAAUUUGAUAUAUGCCCACUAGGCCAAGUGGAUUCAGACUUGUGUAAUGAAGAUGAUGGCCCUCGUGGGGUUAGAGUGGAUGGGUGGGUUUUUCCCAAUGUGGGAAAUAGUCGUAAGUCUUUAAAAGACUUAUCUAAUUUAAGUGAAGAGAUUUUAACCUCAUUGGAUAUCCGAGUACCUUUGGCCAAGGGACUCAGUAUCAUUAGUGUGUGGUCCAACAGAGACAGAAAGCUGGGGUCCAACAGAGUUUAUGUUCAAAAGAUUUCUCUUAAUGUACCAUUGAAAACAUUGUAUGGAAACAGUAAAGGCACCUAGGCGUAGAAAUCUAAUAUUCAACUGGCCAAUAAAGGACUUGAGGCCUAUUAUAGGAAUCAGAGUAAAUUAUAGACUUUCAUUAUGACUCAGACAUUUCUUCCUAUAUCCAGUUUGUUUUUAUUUAACUCUUUUUAUAUGCAAGUACCAUAGUCAACAUGAUGUAUGUAGAAUUGAAUAUUGAUACAGAUAUGGCCAUUUUUUUGUAUAUUUAAGUAAAAAAUUAUAAAAAUGAUUUUGGUGACAUAGAAAAUAACAUUUUAUAUGUUGCAGUAAUUUGGGGAUAUUGGUAUCUUGGUUGUUUUAUCUCAUUGACUUUUUGUUAGAAUAUAUUAUCUCUUAAUCAGAUUGAAAAAUGUACUGCUUUACCUGUUUUAUACUGUAAAUUACUUGAUUGACAAGAAGAGAUAAGGUCAAAUGAGGUGAUUGGUUGACUGUGGAAUGAGGUGAUUGGUUGACUGUGGAAUGAGGUGAUUGGUUGACUGUGAAAUGAGGUGAUUGGUCGACUGAGAGGUAACGUGAUUGGUUGACUGUGAAAUGAGGUGAUUCGUUGACUGAGAGAUAAUGUGAUUGGUUGACUGAGAAAUAAGGUGAUUGGUUGACUGUGAAAUGAGGUGAUUGGUUGACUGAGAAAUGAGGUGAUUGGUUGACUGUGAAAUUAGGUGAUUGGUUGACUGUGAAAUGAGGUGAUUGGUUGACUGAGAAAUGAGGUGAUUGGUUGACUGUGAAAUUAGGUGAUUGGUUGACUGUGAAAUGAGGUGAUUGGUUGACUGAGAAAUAAGGUGAUUGGUUGCCUGUGAAAUGAGGUGGUUGGUUGACUGUGAAAUGAGGGGAUUGGUAGACUGAGAGAUAAGGUGUGAGAGAUAAGGUGAUUGGUUGACUGAGAUAUAAGGUGAUUGGUUGACUGAGAAAUAAGGUGAUUGGUUGACUGUAAAAUGAGAUGAUUGGUUGACUGAGAGAUAAGGUGAUUGGUAGACUGAGAGAUAAGGUGAUAAGUUGGAUGAGAGAUAAGGUGAUUGGUUGGAUGAGAGAUAAGGUGAUUGGUUGGAUGAAAGAUAAGGUGAUUAGUUGGAAGAGAGAUAAGGUGAUUGGUUGGCUGAGAGAUAAAAUGAUUGAUUGACUGAGAGGUAAGGUGAUUGGUUGACUGAGAGAUAAGGUGAUUGGUUUACUGAGAGGUAACGUGAUUGGUUGGAUGAGUUAUAAGGUGAUUGGUUGGAUGAGUGAUAAGGUGAUUGGUUGUAUGAGAGAUAAGGUGAUUGGUUGUAUGAGAGAUAAUGUGAUUGGUUGGAAGAGAUAAUGUGAUUGGUUGGAUGAGAGAUAAUGUGAUUGGUUGGAUGAGAGAUAAGAUGAUUGGUUGGCUGAGAGAUAAGGUGAUUAGUUGGAUGAGAGAUAAGGUGAUUUGUUGAAGAUGGAAAUGAGAUGAUUUUUGGGGUUUAUCUGUAUUCUGUGAUACAUUUUAAGCAUGGUUUCUGUAUAAUUCAUGUCUUUCUAUCUAUUGUGAUAUUGAUAAUUACUGAUAUUUAUUCUUUGUUUCUGUUGGAUGUUUGUUAUCUGCUAUUUGAUAAACAAUAUGUUGGACAAAAAAAGUUUAACCAAAUCUUGGUGUCCAAAUCUGUAUUGGCUCGUGUAAGGUGAAGUAUUCCUGCGCCAAACUUCAACAGUGGAUAAAUUUAAGUUCCACGACUUUGCCUGUUUAAGCACAUUUAAGUAUAAAAUGAUGUGUUAGUAUUGAGAGAAAGCAGCUCAUGCCUUCGGGUAAUAGUCAGGUGUGACUUCUAUUGUCCACUGGCAUGUGCUGGUCAGACAAAAAAAUGUCAAAGUUAAAAUAACACAGUAGAAGCACAAUGACCUCUUAUCAUCAAACUUAGCUUUUUCAGUAUAUAUAAGACAAAGUCAAACCAAUUUUCUGGAUGUUAGAACAUUGUUAAUUUUAUGUCCGAGUAACACAGUGGUGGGAACAGUAAAUGGUUUCCAUUGAUCUGUCUAUACUACUUUGUGUACAACAUUUCGCUAUACUUUGUGUUUAGCUCUGUUGCUCUAAAACUAGAAGUUCAAGAGUAAUUUAGAUACAUCUAUGAUGAUACUACAGCAAUAUAUCAUAUGAAGGCCACUAGAACCUAUCUUUUCCAUUCCACUGACUUUGGUUAAACUUUGCAUGCAGGGCGGCAAUGGCCAAGUGGUUAAGGCAUCUGGCAUUCUGCUACCACAAGCCCUCCACCACUUGGUCGCGGGUUCAAGACCUAAGUGGGGUAGUCGCCAGGUACUGGCCGUUGAUCGGUGGUUUUUUCUGAGAACUCUGGUUUUCGUCCACCAUCAAUACCUGGCACGUCCUUAAAUGACCAUAGCUGUUAAAAGGAUGUAAAACACAAACAAACCAAACCAAAAAAACUUUGCAUUUAGCAUAACUUUUCUUUAGUUAGACUUUGCAUUCAGCUUGUUAUCCAGCCAAAGUUGGAACGUCAGGCAUAUCAGUGUUUUAAAAAUCAUUUUCUCUUUAUGCUAUAGAUUCAACAAUUUUAGAAAUCCUUUCUCUGUGAUGUUUUUAUUAAAUUACCAAACUUUUGUGAUAAUUUAGAUUUAAUGAUAUCUAAUAUGCUUCAUAUUUAUAUAUUUGUUACAUGAACUUAGCUGAAACCACUUGACUUACUGGGUGGCGAUUUUGUAUACUGGUCAUGUGACCAAUGCAUACUCCUGCCUAAAUUACAGGCUCAAAUACCACUGAUGUUUUAAUACUAUUUAACACAAUGUCUGUAUCAGGUUGGACAGGGUGACACACUUUGUUUAUAUCAGGUUAGACAGGGUGACACACUAUGUCUAUGUCAGGUUGGACAUGAUGACACACAAUGUCUAUAUCAGGUUGGACAGGGUGACACACAAUGUCUAUAUCAGGUUGGACAGGAUGACACAUAAUGCCUAUAUCAGGUUGGACAGGAUGACACACAAUGUCUAUAUCAGGUUGGACAGGGUGACACACAAUGUCUAUAUCAGGUUGGACAGGGUGACACACAAUGUCUGUAUCAGGUUGGACAAGGUGACACACAAUGCCUAUAUCAGGUUGGACAGGAUGACACACAAUGUCUAUAUCAGGUUGGACAGGGUGACACACAAUGUCUAUAUCAGGUUGGACAGGGUGACACACAAUGUCUGUAUCAGGUUGGACAGGGUGACACACAAUGCCUAUAUCAGGUUGGACAGGAUGACACACAAUGUCUAUAUCAGGUUGGACAGGGUGACACACAAUGUCUAUAUCAGGUUGGACAGGGUGACACACAAUGUCUGUAUCAGGUUGGACAGGGUGACACACAAUGCCUAUAUCAGGUUGGACAGGAUGACACACAAUGUCUAUAUCAGGUUGGACAGGGUGACACACAAUGUCUAUAUCAGGUUGGACAGGGUGACACACAAUGUCUGUAUCAGGUUGGACAAGGUGACACACAAUGCCUAUAUCAGGUUGGACAGGAUGACACACAAUGUCUAUAUCAGGUUGGACAGGGUGACACACAAUGUCUAUAUCAGGUUGGACAGGGUGACACACAAUGUCUGUAUCAGGUUGGACAGGGUGACACACAAUGCCUAUAUCAGGUUGGACAUGAUGACACACAAUGUCUAUAUCAGGUUGGACAGGGUGACACACAAUGUCUAUAUCAGGUUGGACAGGAUGACACAUAAUGCCUAUAUCAGGUUGGACAGGAUGACACACAAUGUCUAUAUCAGGUUGGACAGGGUGACACACAAUGCCUGUAUCAGGUUGGACAGGGUGACACACAAUGUCUGUAUCAGGUUGGACAAUGCUAAGAUGUUAAAAUCAAACUUUGAAUAUGUCAUGUAUAAAACCGAUUAUAAAAUAAACUCUUAUAUUUA